CCAACGGCCUGUCCGAUCUGUGGCCGUUCUGUCGCUCGCCGUGCUCCCCCGGAUCGGGCGUUUGCCGGUCACACAACAGCCCUGUGGGUUCAGGGUUGUCGCGAAGGUGAUCGGCUCGGAGGCGGUGAAUGAGCGUCCGGAACGUGCCAUCAGGGAAACUGUCCUCUUCUGCAAAAUGUACAGAACCAAAGUGGGCUUGAAGGACCGGCAGCAGCUCUACAAGCUGAUCAUUAGCCAGCUGCUCUAUGACGGUUACAUCAGCAUCGCCAAUGGCCUCAUCAAUGAAAUCAAGCCCCAGUCGGUGUGCGCGCCCUCGGAGCAGCUCCUGCACCUCAUCAAACUAGGGAUGGAAAACGAUGACUCUGCAGUUCAGUAUGCAAUUGGUCGCUCUGAUACAGUUGCCCCUGGCACAGGGAUUGACCUGGAGUUUGAUGCAGAUGUCCAGACAAUGUCGCCCGAGGCUUCCGAGUAUGAAACCUGCUAUGUCACUUCCCACAAAGGCCCAUGCCGCGUGGCCACCUAUAGCAGAGACGGGCAGUUGAUAGCCACAGGCUCCGCUGAUGCUUCCAUAAAGAUACUGGACACGGAAAGAAUGUUGGCCAAAAGUGCCAUGCCAAUUGAGGUCAUGAUGAAUGAGACUGCACAACAGAACAUGGAGAACCACCCAGUGAUUCGAACUCUUUACGACCACGUGGAUGAAGUCACGUGUCUUGCUUUUCACCCUACAGAACAGAUCCUGGCCUCGGGCUCAAGGGAUUACACUCUAAAAUUGUUUGAUUAUUCCAAACCGUCUGCUAAAAGAGCCUUCAAGUACAUUCAGGAAGCUGAAAUGCUGCGCUCCAUCUCUUUCCACCCUUCUGGGGACUUUAUCCUGGUUGGGACUCAGCAUCCUACACUCCGCCUCUAUGAUAUCAACACCUUCCAGUGUUUCGUUUCUUGCAAUCCCCAAGACCAGCACACCGAUGCCAUCUGUUCGGUUAACUACAAUCCUAGUGCCAACAUGUAUGUCACUGGCAGCAAGGACGGCUGCAUCAAGCUGUGGGAUGGCGUUUCCAAUCGCUGCAUCACAACCUUUGAGAAAGCUCACGAUGGCGCAGAAGUCUGUUCUGCUAUUUUCUCCAAGAAUUCCAAGUACAUCCUCUCAAGUGGAAAAGACUCUGUAGCUAAGCUCUGGGAGAUAUCCACAGGGCGGACGCUGGUGAGGUACACAGGCGCAGGUCUGAGUGGACGGCAGGUGCACCGGACGCAGGCUGUGUUUAACCACACUGAGGACUAUAUUUUGCUGCCGGAUGAAAGGACCAUCAGCCUCUGCUGCUGGGACUCUAGGACAGCUGAGCGCAGAAACCUGCUUUCCCUGGGCCACAACAACAUCGUUCGCUGUAUUGUGCACUCGCCCACCAACCCUGGCUUCAUGACGUGCAGUGAUGACUUCCGAGCUCGGUUCUGGUACCGGAGGUCCACCACUGACUGAGCCAGCCCCACUCCUAGGGUUCCUGUCUCAGGACUCUGCCCUCCCUGUGUCCUGCCACCAGCCGCAGGAGUGAGCAGUUUGUACCAUCUGUGGUGAGUGUGCCACUGCCUGGCUCCUGCCUUGGGUUUGAACGUGGAAGCUCUUUUCUUGACCUUGAUGGAGAAUUGUGGGAGAAGUUGGGAACAGACCUGUGCACUUGUCUGCUGCCGUGAUUCCGGUGUGCUUCCCACCGGCUCCAUAAGUGCAGGACUUGCCAUGGCUUUCAACUGGUCCAGGAGAAGGACAGAACACUGGAAGUUCUUCACGGCCAGCCAGGACUCUCACAAGGAGUGCCCUCAGGCUCUUUUGUGACCUCUUGCGCCUGCCCUGCCCCCUUUGUAUUUCCUUUCCAGCUGUGUUUCGGCCCAUGAGGAGGUCUGCAGCUCUGAGGACCUCGGUUUGGUGCCUUGUGGAACCACCUUGCAGGGUCCCAGUCCCAUUCUGAGGUGACGUCACCCUGGUAAUAAAGCUCAGAUCCAAAACCUCACUGUACCUUCUUCUUCACUUCAGUAACCUAAGGGUUUCCAUCGCCCUAUCUGCCAUUUCCUGCAGCGUGCUCUUGGUACCAGCAAGGCUCACCGCUCCGAACAAUGACCGGCCCAUAAGCCCAGUAAAGUAGGAUGAUCGGGAGCAUAGGGCCUGCCUUGGCUAAAUAGCAAGUUUGAGACCAGCCUGGGCUAGGCCCGCCUUUAAUCCUGCUCUCAGGAGGC